CGACUAGACAGGACAUCUGAAAAAAUGUCGGAGAAUUCAACAGAAAAUGAGACAGGAGCUGAGGGGAAACUGGGUAAUGAUAUGGGUCAGGAAUCAAAGCUGACAGAAGGUGGCAUACCAUUGGUUAUGAUGUCAGCUUAUCAGUACAAUAAACAAGGGCCUAAACGCCUGCCUGAACUUCCAUCCUAUCGUUUCCAGUACACAAUAUGGCAUGAGCUAAGGUCAACCAGCCUGCAUGGUGACCAGUUAAAGGCACCACGUGUUAGGAAAGGGCCAGGGAGUAAGGAGAAGAGCUUCAGUGCUAUGACAGAUGAAGAAGGACAACCGAUCCACCAUAACAAAACAGGCAAAGAGAGGUUGAAACAUCAGCAUCAGCUGGAAAAUUGGGAAAAUACCUUGGUUGCUAAUUUACCAUAUCAGGAUCUGAACCACACCUACCAAAAGGAGAAUCUGAUGAAAAUUCUGAAGCGGUUGAUCAGAGUGACCCAGCUAAACCUGGCUCAUAAUGAAUUAACAAACCUCGCCUCCUUGUCAUUUCCCAGAUGUAAAGAGUUGAAUCUUAAUCACAAUUACAUAUCCUCCUUUACAUUUCUUCCAAAAGUGCCCCAAGUUGUUUCCCUCACAGUAAUUUUCAAUGACAUCCGUACUUUGAAAGGGCUUGAUAGAUUGGCGAAAACCCCACUGCAGAGCCUCAACUUGUAUGGAAAUCCUGUUACUUUCACAGCUAAUUACCGACAAAGAGUUUUUGAAAUACUUCCUGGCUUGAAGACAUUGGAUUCUGUCCCCAAACUGAAAACGGAUGAAGAAUUUGAUGAUGAAAGUCCAGAUGGUGAGAGGCCAAGGUCAUGUGCAAUAUCAUGAUGAAAUGUUGAUCAAAAUCAUGUGUGAUGAACAUUUACCGUGAUAGAAUUUAUUUUCAUAGUAUGAAAACCGAAAGCUUGGAAAAUACAGGCUAUGGCUAAUAUUUGCAUAAAAAUUUAAAAUCAUACAAUUGAUUUGAAGAUAAUCCACUUGUUAAAUUAACAGUUCUAUUAAAAAAAAUAUAAUAGAGAACAUUGCUCACGUAAAACGUGUUGGUCUAACAGUGUAGCCUCUUGAUCGUGUCUAUAAUAUGUCAGGGUUAGUAUAUUUGUUCUUGUCAAUGAAAGCAGUAGUUCAUAAACACUGCGGCCUAACAUCAGAGAAUGAAAGUGGAAAUCAUGUUUCAAGGCAAAAUCACGCUCUAGUGCGAAAUUUACAUGUUAUCAGAUAGACUUGUACGUUCUACCAUUUCAUAAGGAGACGCGGAAUUUGUAGCAAAUUGUUGUGUCAUUUGUUCUUGAAAGAUUCCUAGCAAAUUUUACCGGAUAAUAUUACAUGUGUGUAUGUAUCUGAUGUAACAAAGACAAGAAGGCCUGGUUUCAUCCCACUAUUAUACUGACCUCCAUCUUAUAAGUUAAAUAUUUUUGUGUACGGCGUAAGACACCAAUCAAAUAAAUAAAGAAAGAGAAGAACGUUAAAGAAAGUCUGUUAGUUUUUGCUUACACUUGUUAAUCAUAUACAUGUAUUUAUGUGGCAGUGAUGUGUUAUUGGAUCCAGGGAACAUUUUUUGUUCAUUGCGUGUUUAAGGUGUCUGGAAUAGUACUGGCACCAAACGUAUUUGAUUGAUUAUUUAUUUAUUUGAUUGGUGUUUUAUGCCGUACUCAAGAAUGUUUUACUUACACGACGGCGGCCAUAAUUGCGGUGGGAGGAAACCAGGCACAGCCUGGGGGAAAGCCACGACCAUCCGCAGGUUCCUGGUAGACGUU